AACUCGAGUUCAAAUUCGCCGCUACUGUGUGACAUCCUACAUCCUAUAGCCCCUGUACAUCACAGUGCAUCGCUCGUCAUGCCCCUGUACGCUGUAGCCGAAGACGCUGAAGCUCUCCAUUCUUUGCCCGUCGCAGUAAUUCCGAUGGCGACCCCCACGCCCUCGGUGGGAAUAUACAUUGCCGAGUGCCAGCGAGUGCUGGAGAGCAUGAAGGCAGAGGGCAUCAACGGCUAUGGCACCAACCUCGAAGGCCCCUUCCCUUUAGUCUCGAAAGCAAUCGAGCGCUGUCACGAAGCAGUGCACAAGCUCGGUGCCCCGCGAAUCGCAACAGACAUUCGACUCGGCACACGGGUGGAUAAGCUCGGCCCCGGUCAGGAGCAAGGUAUGACCACCGAGGGGACUCAAAGUCAGGAUCAGAAAGUAAGCAAGGCAGGUGGAGACGAUGAGGAUUGGGCCAAGGGGCUGGGUGAGAACGAGAGGAAGCGGGAGAGCGUGCGGAGGAUCCUCGCGAGGGAAGCAUGAGUGCGUAGCCAUGCCCUGUGUGGGCUGCGUAGCAAUGCAAUUCGGGAGCCCAAGAAGCUUCAGACGGGGUCAUUCAAUCUCUCGCAGUCGUGCAAAUUUGUCAUCGUCAUCAAGGGAAGUAUGGUCAUUGAUAGGCUGAGAUUGCAUCCCCGAUGCGACGAGAGCUGUCCACGUCUACACCAUCCGUCUACUCUACAAGGUCUGCAUCGCCCCUUUAGAUCUUGGCCAUGGCAGCAAUGUCGGUCGACUGGACGUAG